AUGGAGUUGUGCACUGCGAACGCGAUUCUCCCACCAAGGUUCUCCAUUCCCACACUCCACGCAGCUUCCAUUCAAAACCUCAAAUCCUCCGUUCCGUUCCCGCGCUUCAACAUCCGCACCCAACGCAAAUUCCAGGGAAGAAGAGGAUUGCGACCCUGUGCGUCUGUGAGUGACGGCAGGUCUUGUGAGGUGGUGGACGAGAGCCGCUUGCAUCGAGUGUCUGACAAGCUGAUUGGGGUGUUCAUGGUCGACAAGCCCACCCCAACCGAUUGGAGAAGGUUGUUGGCUUUCAGCAGAGAAUGGAACAAUCUCAGACCUCACUUUUUUGCACGCUGUCAGGAAAGAGCCCAUGCCGAAGAGGAUCCGGCCAUGAAGGAGAAGUUGCUGCGCCUUGCAAGGAAGCUCAAACAGAUUGAUGAGGAUGUGCAGAGACAUAAUGAUCUUCUUGAGGUCGUAAAAUCUGAUCCUUCAGGAAUUAGUGAGAUUGUCUCCAAGCGUCGAAAAGAUUUUACUGAGGAGUUCUUUAUUCACCUUCACACAGUGGCUGAAUCCUACUAUGAUAACAAAGAAAAGCAACAUGAAUUGGUAAAGCUUGGGAACGCAUGCUUGGCUGCUGUACAAGCCUAUGAUGCUGCAACUGAAAGCAUUGAACAGGUAAAUGCUGCAGAGUUGAAAUUCCAAGAUAUUAUCAAUUCUCCUUCGCUUGAUGCUGCCUGCAGGAAGAUAGACAAUUUGGCUGAAAAAAAAGAACUUGACUCAACAUUGGUAUUGAUGAUCACCAAAGCUUGGUCAGCUGCCAAGGAGUCGGACAUGAUGAAAGAUGAGGUAAAGGAUAUCCUCUAUCAUUUAUACAAGACUGCAGUGGGAAAUCUUCAGAGGCUCGUGCCAAAAGAGAUUAGAAUAGUCAAGUAUCUUAUUCAAAUUGAUGAUCCUGAAGAGCAGUUGUCUGCCCUCAAAGAUGCAUUUACACCUGGAGAAGAACUUGAAGGAAAGGAUGUGGAUAAUUUGUACACGACUCCAGAGAAGCUUCACACAUGGAUAAAGAGUGUGGUGGAUGCUUAUCAUUUGAGUAGAGAAGGUACCCUUAUUAGGGAAGCAAGGGACCUGUUGAGUCCGGAGAUCAUCCAAAAAUUGGAGCUGCUCAAGAUGAUUGUAGAAAGGAACUUCAUGCCAAGCUACCCGUCCAAAAAUGCUAUCCAACACCAUGAAAUUGCUGACUGUCCCGUCCAUUUUGCAACACCUAGGUCUUUUGGUUGGUUCAAACGGGCUCAUGGACCCGCACUUAACAGGCUAGACUUGGCCCAUAGUCAAUGUCGUCGCGCUAAAUACCGGUCAAAUUCUAAUUCCGCAGUUAAUCGGCGAGCAUCUCCGUUCCUAAGCAUAGGAAGAACCCAUACAACCUCCACGCCAAGCGUUGCUGAUCUGACGAAGCAAUUGAGGCUCCACGAAGUCGCCAUCGCUGAGCUCAACAACCAGCCUUCUUCCAGAGUAACCUCUCUUCUGUUCUCCUUCAAUCUAACUUUUUACGAAGAGUUCAAGUUCCAGACAUAG